GGGGGAGCUGGCUCAGUGUUAUUUCGGCAGUAACACACACAGAGUCGACAGUAUAUGGAUAAGGCUGGUCUCUACCGCCCCUUCACUCGCUUUCUAGGCAGGUCUCUUCACGCCGAUAGUCGCGCAAUCAUCUACGCAUACUCAGAAAAAGACAAAAGGCAUUCAAUGUCAUUGCAUUGUAUGCAUGUCAGACAAACGAAGAAGGGUGCACACAGUAGACAGAUCUACGACAAAUACUGCAGCAUGGCAAGAAAUGGAUUGGACUCAAUACACACGCACGCACACACACACACACACACACACGAGAGAGAGAGAGAGAGAGAGAGACUCACGGCACGGCCUCAAAGCUCCUCUCGCCGAUCAACCGUGUUUCCACCAUUAACAUCGCCUUUGCGCCUCUCAUCAGUAGCAGCGCAAGCAGCCCCACCAUUUUGCUUGGCUCGAAAUUUCCUCAUCCGAAUCUUGGAGGCUUCUCUCUCCCUUGCAAGCUGAUGGCUGUCAAAGCGAGAGCGCCUCCUUCACUGCUGAAGACAGCCCAGCGCGGUGCUUCUGUUGCCGGAAGGUCGCAGCAUGGCUGACGAUUGCUUUCUUGUCGGCCGAUAGAUUGCUGCGCCAUCGCUGUUGCCUCCGUGCUGCGAGCGCUCGCCGUCUUUUUAUCCUCUCGUCGAUAUCGGGUGCUUCGGCGGAAGGACGCCCGUUGGUCGGCAGCGAGGUGGGAAGAUAAUGGGGAACGCCUCUCGCCGCGCACAGCUCCUCAUAUCGUCGUACCACUCCCUCACAGCACUCCCUAACGGAAGCCUCAGUGAGCGACGAUGGGCAGAACAUCUCUGCUGGAUCCGGCCAUAUUCAGCCAGUAGAUGACAUCCGACUUCGAAUUCAUCCGCACGCGGCACCUGUAGUCGUGAAGAAGGCGUUUCCCGAGCGCAUUGAGGCCUCGAACAAAGCGAGCAUCUGCAAACACAUACACACACCCGGCAUCGAAAUCCACCCACCUUACUAGCAUGAGUGCACACGUACCUGCUUGAGCUCUCACUUCGGACGAUGUGCGGCUUCUGUCGUCGUCAGCUUCAUCGGCUGCUGCGCCAGCUUUACACACCGUUCGCUUGGAGCCUUGUCUUCAGCAACUUGACGGCUCUCACUCUCACCAGACCCAGAAGGAGAGCGGCACGCUUCGCUGCUCGCACGUGGAAGCAUGCCCGGUACCCAGUCGUUGCAGCUGCUCUCUGUGGAAGUCGCGUCAUGUGACGCACGCAACAUCUUGAUUUGGGGAGAUCACGAGAGAAAGGAAAAGAAAAAGAUGUCGUGAAAAGUGCUCC